AUGCCAGCAAAACCUCACUCCAGACGCUACAUGGCGUCACUGCAGAUUGAUAGGCAGUAUGUGUGUGGAGGCUUUCUGGUGCGAGAAGACUUUGUUUUGACAGCUGCCCAUUAUUACAAAGACAGAGCUCUCGCUGUGGUUUUGGGUGCCCACAAUUUAACAGCCAUGGAAAAAUCACAGCAGAAGAUUGAAGUAAAAGAAUUCUACAAGCACAAACUGAUUUCGCUGAACAAAUACGACUUUGAUGUCAUGUUACCGAAGGUAUUUAUUGACAGUUUUGCAUGGCACUUGCCAUUCAAGCAGUAUGUCAGAUUAGUUUAUUUAUUCAGACUUCCUGGGUUCUGUGGCAAAAUUCAUACAUUUCCUAUCAAUUUUGUCAAAAUUCAAAUGUCUAAAUGUUUUUUUUCCCCCCAAUAUUCCAGUUGACAUUUAACAUCCUUUACAUUUUAUUAUAAAAUCUUCCUGCAUUUCCAGCCUAUGACUUUCCAUCAGCUCUGGAAAUUAUGUUUCAGAGCUGCUCUGUAAAAUAAUAACUGGGGAGGUAUAUAUCUGAUUUUGUUUCCUUACUGUUUUUUUUCUUUUGUUAAAUAGCUUGCUAAAAAUGCCACUCUGAAUAAGAAGGUGAAAUUGAUAGGGAUCCCCAAGAAAUAGGGAGAUGUUCCAGCCAAGACUAAAUGCCCUGUAGCAGGCUGGGGUAAGACGCAUAUCACUGGAGGAGCUGAAAAUGUUCUUCAGGAAGUAACUGUAAUCACAGAAAACAGAAAAGACUGCAAAAGGGUGUGGAAAGACUAUGUGAAUUGCUCUUUUGUGCAAUACAAAAGCACAAGGAAUUGCUGCAUUCAUAGGACAAAACUGUGAGGAUCGCAGGUACCUGCAGGUUUACAUGAAAAUCACAAGCUUUAUUCCAUGGAUAAAAGAAAUAAUGGAAUAGUUACACGUAAAACGGAUGGAUAACAAAAUGUUGAGAGUACUUUUGGAACAUAAUAGAGAUGUGGAAACACUAUAAAGCAUUUCCAAAAUUGUACUGAUUGUUUAAUUAAAAAUGUCAAUUUGAAUUCUUUCUUUGGUUUUGCAAG